CGUAUAAAACGUAUUUAGUGUUUAAUGUUCUUUAAAUAUGCCCAUAUCUAUACAUAUUUGCUGUCAGUGUACUCAGUUGAUUUUAGAUUUUAUGUACAGCAGUACUUAUGUAUUUAUUUUGAAACCGCUACAGAUGUGAUAUCGAGACUUUGUCCACAUUGUUGUAAUUCGUUUUGGUGUAAAUGAGGGUAAUAUUUUGAAUGGAAUUACUUACAGCGUUUUUGAUUUCUCAGGCUCAGCAUAAAGAUCGAUUUAUCGAGGAACGUUAUGGGAAAUUCAAUAUCAGUGACCCCAUGCUUGCACUGCAGAGGGAUUAUGAGAUACUAAAGGAAGAAAAUCAUGGCCAGAAGCCUCCAGUCUGUUCCAACCCUCUGUACAUCCUGAAGGAGGUGAUGAAGCAGUGCAAGAAUAUGCAGGAGAGGAUGCUGGGUCAGCUGGCAGCAGCAGAAAGCAGACACAGGAAGGUUAUUCUGGACCUGGAAGAAGAACGAAGAAGACAUGCACAGGAUGCAGCCGAUGGAGAUGAUGUCACCUACAUGCUGGAGAAGGAGAGGGAAAGACUUGCACAGCAGUUGGAAUUUGAGAAGUCACAAGUGAAGAAACUUGAAAAAGAACAGAAGAAAAUUUCUACCCAGUUGGAGGAAGAGAAGUCUCAACACAAGCACCUGUCCACCAUGUUAAUGAAAGAAUACACAAAGGCAACAAACAGAGCAAUGGAAGAAGGCCAAAAAGUAGAGGAUGUCAGCCUGAAGCUGGAGAAGGUAAAAAGCAGAGUGACCCAACUGGAGGAAGAGCUUGCUCUGGAGAAGAAACGUAGCCUUCAGAUGGAAGCCCAGGUGGAGAAGCAACUUUCAGAAUUUGAUAUAGAGAGAGAGCAGUUGAAAGCCAAACUGAACCGUGAAGAAAAUCGCACCAAAACUCUAAAGGAUGAGUUAGAAUCAUUGAAGAGACUUGUGGAGGAGCUGAAAUCUGCUUGCCCUACUAGUGAACCUCUUGCUAAGAUCAAUCCAGAGAUGAUAUCCAUCAGUGUAACAACAGAAAAGCCUGAAGUUAUAUCUGUGGCUUGCCAAACAGAAGGCAUCCAGCAAGAGAAAAAUAAUGUGGAUUGUUCCACAAAAGCUCACAACUCCUUGCCAACCACAUCUAAGAUUCCCCAGCCAUAUUCCAAAAUAAACGGACACUGUAAUACAAGUGCACAGAGUAGUGAGCACAUUUUAAAGUUAAAUGUAGGGGAAAAUCAGAAAGAGAAGCUAGCAGGGCAAGACAGCUCGUCUGAAAAUGGAAGUUCACCUGUCAGAGUUGAAUCUCCACUACAUAUGAUAACACACAUUCCAUCUAGUGGUGCUUCCUCUUCACCCAGCAGUACAGCAGCCUCCUCAUUAACUUCCUCUCCAUGCUCUUCUCCAGUGCUGUCCAGGAGAUUGAUUGGUGCCACAGCCAGCAGCCCUGGUUAUCAAUCAUCAUACCAAGUAGGCAUAAACCAACGUUUUCACGCAGCUCGCCACAAGUUUCAGUCUCAGGCUGAGCAUGACCAGCAUGUUUCUGGCCUACAAAGCCCUCCUUCCAGGGAUUUGUCACCAACAUUGGCAGAUAACUUGGCAGCAAAACAACUUGCCCGUAAUACUGUCACUCAAGUUCUGUCUCGUUUCACCAGUCAGCAAACUUCUAGCAAAUCUGUGCCUCCCAAUAGUUCCCCCUUUGGCACAGACUACAGAACCCUUGCAAAUACCUCCAGCCAGAAGAACGAUGGAAGUCACUCUCCAAACCCCAUUAAAGUCUCCAGCCCUCUCAGCCCUGUUUCUCCUGGGAUCAAAUCUCCUACUAUAUCUAGAGUAGAAAGAGGAAACCCCCCACCCAUCCCUCCAAAGAAACCAGGGCUAGCCCAGUCCCCAGCCUCACCAAUACCACCAGCCAAAGCUCUCAAUCAACCUUUGGGUACUUCAGUGGACAUAUCCAGUAGUUACUGUUCAAACAAUGGUUCCCUUACAAAUGGGAAAGAGAUUGAAAUAAUGAUGCCAUCUGGUAGCUAGUGAUACACCAGCAUUUUGUAGCUGCAUUUCAAGACUAAAGCAUACAGCUGAAACAGUCUUUUCCAUGCCUAGAUACUUUACACAGUUAAGGUGAUCAAACAUACAUGUUAUUUAUUUUGGUAGUAGAGAAAAUUGUGUAAUAUUUGUAUUUUAUAUAUUCUUUGCCUUCUUUAAUCGAAGUGUAUUUUUUUUUUUCUCUGCAACCGUUUCCUCUAACCAUUCAGUUAACUCUGAAUAUAAUAUUCAGUCUUCAUGUGUAGAGACGCAAUAGGCAUUGAGUUACUCUCCAUGUAAACACUGAUAUGCAUGCAAGGGCCAAUAUAAAAGUGAUUGAGAGGUAGAAUGCAAACGUGUAAGGAACCUGCCAAUAAUGUGUAGGAUUUUCGGUGUCAAGGUUAGAGGUUAUUUUGUGUUGACUCCCAAAAUCUAUGGAACCAUCUAUCAAGCAGUUCUGAUUGCUGCUUUAAAAAUGGCUUAUUUUGUGUGUCCACUUGCUUGGUUCAUGAAAAUUUAUAUUUUUUUCAUUUAUAAUGUGCAGUAUUGACAUUUUGGAAGUUAUUAAGAUGUGCACAAUUUGUCUAAAAUGAGACAUACAGGUGGGUUAAACAACUAGUGAAACAUAUAGUACAUAGAUAUGACAGUUAUCUGCUAUGCUCAUUCUAAAAGGAAAGGACAAUGUUAUGUCUGCACUUGAAAAAAAUGUAUGACAAUGUUGCAUUGUAACAUAAUUACUCUAGAAUUUAUGCUUUCAAGCAUGUCCUGUCUAACUCUUGCGCUAUUAGAGUCCACUUAUUUUAUUUAUGUCUAAUAUUAAGCACAGAUCAAAAGUGUUACAUUGCACUUUGAGGGAAAUCUUAUUGCAAUCUGAGAUCUGGAGUGAGCUAUUGAUGAUGUUUAAAAACUUUACAUCUUUUUCUUAUGCAUUAUUUUUAAAAGGGACGAACACAGUAAGUGAUUUUCUCUCCAUUACUGUUCUACUCAAUCUGUCAGCACCAGUUUAAUUAUAAUGAAUGUGGUCCAGUCACUGUCCACUAGGUGACUUUGUUGACUCACAUGUAAACAGCAAAAUUCACUCCAUACUAUCACUGGUUGGAAGUGUGAGAUGCACAUAUUAUAUGUACAUUGUUUCCAAAUUGCCUCGCUCUUAGACAAAAACAACCUCUAAAACCUUUUAACGUUGGGAUAACAGAGUUUGACAUGCAUCUUAGUUUUAUUAUCUAGUCUUCUGCCUAGAUGGGACCUUCUAAUCCAGUUGAAGCUCAUCUAAUCAGGCCAAUCAAGUUACAAAGGUAAAAGGUAGGCCGACUCCUGGACUGUAAACUUUGUUGUUGCUUUUUUACUAGAUUUCCUUAUAUAAGGAUCUCUGUGAAUAAUGAAGUUUGGGAAGAAAUGGGCUUUGUUGUCACCAUGUAAAGUGCAAAGUAAUGGAGGCGGGUUAUACAUUUUUGAAUGACUUAAACGAUUGGAUGGACCAUUUAUCUGUCUAUACCUGACAGCCAUGUUUAAAGCACAAUAAAUUUAAAUGGUAGUUAAUAGAAAUGUUUCAUGACAAGCCAGUCAUGUGUUGCUCUGUGAAAAGUUACUUUGUCUAUUGGCACAUCCAGUCAUGGGAGUAUUUAAAGGCGGUACAAUUUAUUCUCCCCCUGCGAUUUUUGUAUCAUCUGUGCAAUAUCCAGUACCUGAUGUAAGUUAAUUUCUUUUUUUUAAAGUGCCUUAAAAAAAUAGCAAUGGUUCUUAUGAACCAUUUUAUGAUGAAUUUGUAACCGAAUCAAAGUUAGAAACAGUGAGCAAUGCAUUUUCUUUUACUUUCAAAAGUAGCUCUUUGUUUUUAUUAGCUAGAAAGUGUAUAUCGGAUGUGGAGACAUAUUGUAAAUAAAAAUGAGCACUAAGUUAACUCUUAUAUAGAUGAUGAAUGAUCAUACGCAAAAUGAACUCUUAAGUACUGAAAAUGGGUUUUGAAAUGGAAAAAAGACCGUACUAGUUUUACCCAGCUAAAUAGCAACAUUAUUCCAGUGGUGCAUAUGCUUGUCAUCACGUAGUUGCAUUUGUGUCACACCUACUUUGUAUCAGUAUUUUCCACUCUCCAGACAUGCAGUAUCACAUGACUUAUAAGGGGUCUGAAAUUUACUUGCCAAAGGACCUCAUAUUCAUGUAAAUUGUCGUUCUUUAUAAAAUGUCUUCUGCCCCCUAGUGGUAGAGAUGUGAGACAGCACUCCAGAAUUGGUAGUAACAAGACUAAAGCUUGUAUAUUACUGUUUGAAAACAGAUCUAGCAGCACUAUCAUAUAAUAUUGGGCUUAAUGCACUGAUUACAUUACUGCUUUAAUUAUUUCUCAAAUAUUUCAUACUUCUUACAUUCCUUCAUUAAUAAUUCAAUGUGAAGAUAGAUUAAAGGAACAAUAUUGUUGUACACAAUUAUAAAGCAUUGUUAAAUUAUGAACAAAAUUUAGAAAUGACAUUGAAUUAGCAUCAGGAUCCCCAGAGGUUUCAUGGUCAUGUGACCAUAAUAAAUCAUUCCUCCAGUAAUUGGGAUUGCAAUAUUAAAUGCGCAUUUUAGCUCACUCUGAGCUAUUAGAGGAAUCUUGUUUGACUAACAAGCAUAGUAUCCAUGCUAUACUGGUAACAGUUACAAAACUUUGAUGGAAUCCACAAUGUCUAAUUAUAUUUUAAAUGUGUUGGGCAACGAGUUUUACACUAGAAGUUUGUCACACACAAAAAACAACAAAGGGGUUGAAAGAGAAGCAGGCCAGUUCUCUUUUUUUGCACUUAUUCUUCAUUAUAGCUUACUAUAUCUAAAUAAUUUUAGCGCCACCGUAUUCCCAUCUAAAGGGUAUUUUUAUACCAUUAAAAUUAAUAUUAUGGAGUGGUAGUAAAAAUAUGAUGUUAAAAAUGAGGUUAUGAUUUUAGUCCCAUAAAUAACUCUACAUCAUGUGAAUCCAGUAAUGUCUUACUAAAUCAUAAAGAGGGAGUACAUGUUACAUCUUUGGCUGGUUUGAUAUUUUAAGAACAUUCUAUUGUAUUGGAUUAAUUAGUAUCUUGCAUUCCAUUAAAAUACACUCAAAUUGAAAAAGGGAAUUUGUUUAAAGUAUCAAUGUAGGUGUAGAUAGUUCUCAUAAAUACAUGCAGAUCAUACAAUAUUGGACUGAGUACAGCAGUUCAUUAUACAGAUAUAUAUUUUUCACAACCUCAUUCAUAUAUUACAAGGCAUUGUUAAAUAUGUGUAGCAAAACUUAAUUUUUUUAAGUUGACUCAAAAAUAUUAAAUACACCCUCUAUCCUAAAACAAAAGUUCCUUAAAGAGAAAAUACUGUUAUAUAAUUUUAUUUUGUUUUUUAAAUAUUUUUUUAUUGCUAUUGUUGCUUUUCA